CAGCUCACACGAGCCGUUGGCAUCUCUUCUCUCCGGACUCCAGUAGUCUCCCAACGGACCCGACCUAAACUAAACCCUCGUGCGCCGCCCGCCUCCGCCACCUCACCUCCCCUGCUCCCCCGCAAGCAGCUCCCGCCGUCUGACGGCGAGCCAUCCUCCCCUUGCCGCCCCACGCGCGGCCCCGUUCCGGCUGCAGCGACGCCAUCACCGCCGCCGCCGCCGCCACGCCUGUGCCCGACCUCAGCCGACGCCGUCAGCCUCGUCCCCCGACCUCCGGUGGCCUCGUCGGCCUCGCGACACGCGCCAACAGCCGCCUCCCGCUCUCAAGAUGACCAGGUGGGAUGAAAUUUUGACCCUUCCAGUUCAGAACCCAACCACAUUGGAGUUUUCAGCAGCAGAGAUCACGUGGUCCAUGGUCGAGGGCUGGAAGGACUCCAUGGACAGGCUUGCACUCAUUCCAUUUUCCAGGGUGAACGACUUUGUCAGAGGAGAAUCAAACAACAAAGUAUGUCCGACGAGAUUCCACGUUGAAGCACGGAGAAGGCGUCCUCCGACCAUGAAUUGCAAACCGAAAGUUGAUGGGAUACUCGAGUAUAUCUUGUAUUGGUGUUCUUUUGGCCCAGAUGAUUAUAGAAAGAAUGGUGCUGUCCGGCCUAGCAGGUCCUCUUGUGGAAAGAGAAAAACACCUGCUGGUCGCCCUAACACAAAGAGGGGAUGUGUUUGUCAUUUUAUUGUGAAGCGUUUGAUUGCUGAACCAUCAUUGGCUCUUGUGAUAUAUAACCACAAUAAGCAUGUAGAUAAGAAAGGCACACCCUGUCAUGGUCCCAUGGACAAGAUGGCUAUAGGGACGAAAGCAAUGUUUGCACCUUACAUAUCUGAUGAAUUACAUCUUGAAGUUAUGUCUUUACUCCAUGUUGGUAUUCCUGUCGAGACUAUAAUGCAGAGACAUAAUGAAAUGGUUGAAAGGCAAGGAGGACCAUCAAAUCGUGAUGAUCUUCUUACUCACAGAUAUGUUAGGAGGCUGGAAAGGAAAAUACGGCGUUCUGUUUAUGAACUUGAUGAUGACGAUGCUGUUAGUAUUAACAUGUGGAUUGAAAAUCACCAGGAGUAUACAUUUUUCUAUGAAGAUUUCUCAGAUAAGGAUGCUUUUGUCUUGGGCAUUCAGACAGAUUGGCAGCUACAGCAGAUGAUUCAGUAUGGUAACCGCAGUUUACUGGCUUCCGAUUCAAAGUUUGGAACAAACAAGUUAAAGUAUCCUGUACAUAGCAUCCUUGUUUUCGACCAGCAGAAAAAUGCAAUUCCUGUUGCUUGGAUCAUAACUCCCAGUUUUACACAUGGUGAAAUAUAUAGAUGGAUGGGUGCUCUUUAUGAUCGAGUUCGCUCAAAAGAUCCGACAUGGCAAUUGGGUGGCUUCAUUAUUGAUGAUCCCUUAACCGAUGUGCGCACUAUAAGGGAAGUGUUUCAAUGCCCGGUGUUGAUUACCUUAUGGCGUGUCCGGCACGCUUGGCAUAAAAAUCUGAUGAACAAGUGUUCAGAUUUUGAGAAGCGUUCAAUGUUGGCUAAACGACUUGGAGAGGUAAUAUCCAGUAUCUGCGGAGGAAAUGGUGAUAUGGAGUUAUUUCAAGCCUUCCUGGAAGAUUUUGUUGAUUGCUCUGGCUUUUUGGACUACUUCAAAGCUAUAUGGUUUCCAAGACUUGGGGCGUGGACAACUGUCUUGAAGGCCACCCCAUUGGCUACUGCCGAGGUAGCAUCAGCAAUUGAGAGUUACCGUCACCUGCUAAAACUCCGGCUGUUGAAUGAGGCAGAUGAAAGCAUCUACCAACGUGCAGAUUGGUUGGUACAUAAGUUGGGUACAACAGUUCAUUCUUACUACUGGUUGGAUGAAUUUUCUGGGAAGGACAGCUUUUCUCGUUACUGGAGGAGUGAGUGGAAAAAUGGCCCAAACCAGUGGCAGCAGGGAAUGCAAAUUCCAGAUUCUGACAUUGUCAUCGAAGGCAAUUGUGCUAGAGUGAUCUGCCAGAAAGACAAGGAGAAGUCACAUGCCAUACUGAACCCAGGUUCUGAGCUUGCGUUGUGCGAUUGUAGCUGGUCAAGGAAGGGAAACCUUUGCAAACAUGCAAUGAAGUCGGCUAAGGUUUGCCGUGACAGGGGAUUGGCACCACCAUCCUUGGCCCUACUUCGCUAUUACCAGGCACUGGCUAAUGUCGUUCAUUGCCCACCGAGUGACUCUGUGGUUUCUGACCAUGCAAUAGCAGUGGCUGUUUCUGUUAGAACACAGUUAGAUGCAUUGUUUGGCGCUGCCAAUCGCAGUUCUCCAAAUACAUCAGCUUUCAAGGAUCCCCAGGCAACCAGUGAGCCCAGAGGAUGCGGUGUUCUGGAAACCAACAUUACAAAUGGUGCAUUUGUAAUUAGUCAGUCUCUAGCUGUGUCAGGUGAUGGUGAUGAAGUUCCCAUUGAUGUAGAUAGUGAUCAGGACAGUCCUGCUUGCAAGAAAAGAAAGUCUGGAGGAGCAUUGGAUGAAGAUGAAGCUGCCACAGCUACGCAGAUCAUUCAACCUUCUGAAACUGACAACGGUCGAUCGACUUGCCAGGAAGGAGAGUGCAGAGACACUUGCAACGGUGAUGAAGGAACCACAGCAAUGCAAGGUUCUGAUGGGGACGAAGAAACUGCAGCGACGCAGAUCACGCAACCUUCUGAAACUGAGAACAGUCAAGUGACUUGUGUGCAGGAACCUAAUCACCGCCAGGAUAGUCCUGCUCACGAGGAAAACGAACACAGAGAAUCUCCUGAUGGCAAUGAAGGAAUUACAGCUACACAAGCUUCUGAUGGCGACAAAGAAACUGAAGCCACACAAAUAGUGCAACUUUCUGAAACUGAGAACAGCCAAGCAACUUGUGUGCCGGAACUCGAGUGCCAUCAGGAUAACCCUGCUCGUCAGGAAAGAGACUGCAAAGAAACUUGCGAUGGUGAUGAUGGAGCUGCAGCGCGGCAAAGCACUCAGCCUUCUGGAACUGAAUGAUUCUUCUUUUGAGGCUAGAUUAGUUGAUGGGAUAAGUGCGAGUGACAUGACGCCUUAAGCUAUUCCUCUUUCUUGUCUGAAACCCCCAGCGUGUUGGGAGGUCUGUAUAUAUUUGUAGCUAUCAAAACUUCAGAUUACUAUGAUGCAGCGGUUGAAUUUAGUAAGCUGCCGAUGUAUCUGUUAGGCAAGCAUGGAAAUCAACCUGUUAUGUCCUUA